UCGUAAAUCGUAAGAUAUCGGUAUUGUUCAGCGGCAGCGUACUACAUCGCUUGUCUGUAAUUGCCUUGCGGUAAAGAAAUAUUUUAUUAUUUACGAGAGUAUUAUAAUUGAACACUGCCACAAUUUGUUUGAAAAUCUACAUAACGAUGACCGAAGGUGCUGAAUUUUAAAGAAAGCAAAUAAAUUUAAAUAACAUGAGGUCCACACGGUGGCUUCGCUGUCGUCCAUUCUCAACCCGUUUCUUGAUCAUCUCAUUCUUGGCAGUAGCGUUUGCAAUCUAUUGCUAUUAUUAUAACGUGACGCUGGCAUCUUACCCAAAAUCAAGUUACAACUUAAGCAGCGAAAAGGUCAUCCAUCUAAAAAGUACCCGUAGCCAAGACUCUGAAAAAUUGCCACAAUGUCCAGUCGUCCGCGAGAGCGUGGCGGAGAUUGAUACAGUUUCCAUUUUCCCAUCAUUUGACUUUCAGCCAAACUGGUUACGUACUAAAGAGUUUUGGGACCGUAGUUUUGAAGAGAGAUAUGAGAAUAACAAAAACGACAGUCGCCGUCCAAAGUUGAAGGUUAUCGUAGUACCGCACUCCCAUAAUGAUCCUGGCUGGCUGAAGACGUUCGAACAAUAUUUUGAAACGAAAACUAAAAAUAUAAUCGACAACAUAGUCAUGAAAUUAAACCAACACCCGAAUAUGACUUUUAUUUGGACGGAGAUUUCUUUCUUAAACGCCUGGUGGGAGAGGUCUCAUCCUGUUAAACAAAAGGCUCUUAAGAAGUUGGUGAAAGAAGGUCGUCUUGAAAUAACUACGGGAGGAUGGGUAAUGCCCGAUGAAGCCUGUACACAUAUCUAUUCUCUCAUUGACCAGUUUAUAGAAGGACACGUCUGGGUAAAAGCAAAUCUCGGAGUAACUCCAAAAAUUGGGUGGUCCAUAGAUCCUUUUGGCCAUGGAGCGACCGUACCUUACUUACUCGAUAAAAGCGGUUUAGAAGGCGCCAUUAUCCAACGAAUUCACUACGCUUGGAAGCAAUGGUUUGCCCAGAGGCAAAUAGAGGAGUUUCACUGGAUGCCGGGAUUCUCAUCCGCUAAGCCUUCCCUAAUCGUUCACAACCAACCAUUUGACAUUUACUCAAUAAAGAGCACCUGUGGACCACACCCAGCCAUAUGUCUUAGUUUCGAUUUCAGAAAAAUUCCUGGGGAGUAUUCCGAAUACACCGCUAAACAUGAAGAUAUUACAGAACAGAACCUUCACAGCAAAUCCAAAACACUCAUGGAAGAAUAUGAUCGUAUUGGGACAUUGACAAAACACAAUGUUGUUCUGGUACCAUUGGGAGAUGACUUUAGGUAUGAGUACGGCAUUGAAUUUGAUGCACAAUACGUCAAUUAUAUGAAAAUGUUUAACUAUAUUAACAAACACAAAGAACUGUUUGACGCUGAGGUUAGCUUUGGAACUCCUAUAGAUUACUUUAACGCUGUGAAAGAGCGUAGUCAUGAUAUACCGACGUUAAGAGGGGAUUUCUUCGUGUACUCAGAUAUAUUCAGUGAAGGGAAACCGGCGUAUUGGUCCGGCUAUUACACGACAAGGCCAUACAUUAAAAUAGUAGCUCGUCAAUUCGAACACCAACUACGAACCGCUGAACUCUUGUUCUCACUGGUCUCAAACUUCUUGCGACAAUCUAAUAAACACAUGUUUGAAUCAUCAGAACGAAAACUCGAAAAGUACUAUGAACAAUUGAUAUACGCUCGACGGAAUCUUGGGCUUUUUCAACAUCACGAUGCGAUUACAGGUACUUCAAGAGCCAGCGUGAUGUAUGACUAUGGAACAAAACUGUUCACUAGUUUGUAUCACUGUAUUCGUUUACAAGAAGCCGCGCUUACCACGUUAAUGAUACCUGACAGUAAACUUCACACUCAAAGUAUUCUUCAAAGUGAACAGGAGUGGGAAAGUUACGGUAAACAACCGAAGAAAUUGCAUAUUUCAGUAAUAGAUAAAAAGAUGGUUGUCCUUUUCAAUCCACUCGCGGAAAAAAGAACUGAAGUCGUAACUCUUCGAUCCAAUACUACAAGUGUUCGCGUGUAUGAUACGCAUAAUAAAAAAUAUGUUCAGUAUCAAAUUACACCCAACAUUCAUGUACUGGAUAAUGGAAGAUUUACUAUUAGUGAUGUCAAUUUCGAAGUGAGCUUUGUGGCCCACUUGGACGCCUUGAGUGUUGUGACAUACAAACUGGAGGAAUAUACCAAUAAAUCGCAUCAUUGUAAAAUAUUUUGCAAUAAUUGUACCGAACAAAAAUAUGAUUCUGAAAAACAAAACAAUUUUGUAAUCGAAAAAAUGUUGCCUGGAAAUAUUCAACUGGAGAAUGAUGUAAUGAAAUUGUUAGUCGACCGGAACUCUGGGUUCUUAAGACAAGUAUAUCGAAAAGAUAUAAGAAAAAAAAAUAUUGUGGACAUUCAAUUUGGGGCUUACCAGAGUGCACAACGACAUUCCGGUGCAUAUUUAUUCAUGCCAGAUUUUGAUCCACCCGAAAAAGAUGUCCUUACAGCUUACAGCAAAGGAACAUCACAGGAUGAAAACGUUGUCAUAGUGUCGGGCCCGGUCUCCACAGAAAUUACAACAAUGUAUUUACCAUUUUUAGUUCAUACUAUCAGAAUAUAUAAUGUUGAUGAUCCAGCUCUGUCCCAUGGUAUUUACGUUGAGAAUGUCGUUGAUUUUGAAAGUCCACCAAAGAAUAGGGAUACCGAAUUGUACAUGCGAAUACAGACGAACUUACAGAAUGGGGAAGUACCAGAAUUUUACACAGACCAAAAUGGUUUUCAGUAUCAACGCAGGGUUAAAGUCGACAAACUAGGCAUCGAAGCGAACUACUAUCCUAUAACUACAAUGGCGUGGAUACAAGAUGAGGAGACUCGCCUGACACUGCUUACCAAUCACGCUCAAGGCGCGGCAGCCUUCGAGCCGGGAAGACUUGAAGUAAUGUUAGAUCGUCGAACUUUGUAUGACGACUUUAGAGGUAUAGGAGAAGGGGUCGUAGAUAAUAAACCAACAGUUUUCUCUAACUGGCUUUUACUGGAGCCGAUCAAUCCAAAAAACUCUAAAAAAGACAAACAUUCACAAAACUCAAGACAAUUUAAUGAAAAUCGCGCAGAUACGUCUCCAACAUACGAAUUACCUUCACGAACAGCCGAUUACUUGAGUAGAACACUGAACUAUCCUGUCAAUGCCUACAUAGUGGAUACCAGCGAAGUUGGGGAUAUUGAAGUAAAAUCGGGUCAAACGUUUUUAGAAAACUUCCCUCCUGGUGUUCAUCUGGUAUCGUUGCGUACAAUCACCGAUGAAGUAUUAGAACAAUUUCCAAGCAAUUCGUGUUUUUUUAUUAUUCAUAGACCGGGCAUCAGCUGCAAUGUCGGAGAUUCAAUGUUAAACCCAAGUACACAUUUUACAGGCGACACGAAUUUCGUUGGGUUAAACGUUAAUGCUUUAGCGUCAGUGAGCUUGACUGGUAUGAAAACGUAUGAAAAUCUCACUGGCUUAGCAAACAUUACUUUAAAUCCGAUGGAAGUUAAGACUUAUAGGAUUCGAUUUUAGAACUGUAGGGACAUUUAUAGGGUAAUAUAUCGGUGUUUAGCCAUUUAUAAAAACAUUUAAAUUGACGCAUUUUUGUCGUUAAAACUGUAGUAGUAGAAAACCUUGACGCGAUAAGUGUUGCUUAUCUAAAUGUUAGUAAAUUAUAGAUGCAUAAUAAUUAAGUAUAUUUGUAUGUCUUGAAUGCUUUUAUAAUUUAUUUGUAUAAAGAGGUGAAUAAAUCAUCAAUGGUGCGCAAUCGACACUGACUGGAAAUCAUGUAGAAACUUUAUUUCAAGUAAUAAUUUAACCCGAGUUAAAGUGCACCAUUGUACUGAGUCCGUCAUAAUUCAUCUAUGCACUAAUAUACUUUUUGACAUUUUGUGAUGUCUCGAUUUACUAGAAAAAUCUACCUCAGGACCAAAUAGUAUAGUACUAUAAACGACGCGAUCUUUUAAUAAUAAUUUAGUUAUAAUUUUAAUGCUUGACCUUCACUGAAUAUAUAAUGCGAGUAUUUUUCCAAUUAUUCAGACGAAAAUUAAUCUAUACAGAGUAAUAGAUAAUUAGUAAAAUAAGAUGAAAAACAAAUAUAGUAUGAAACAGUUACUUCAUUAGUAUUCCUUAUUGAUAAAAAUCUGUUUGAUUUCACCGUUUGAAGGUGUUAAGACGCCAAAGUUAUAUUACUAGUAUAUUAUUGUUUAAGCAAUAAAUGAAAAAAAGUACUCUAUUUCUCUUUACAGCGUUUGACAGUGCAAUUAGAUCGAUUUCGUUUUUACGAAUGAUGAAAUAAAAAAAAAUAAUCUGCAACAAACUAAGACUCGUAUACAAAUAAUAUUUUUAAAAUGUCAAUUCCAUAAUUCUAUAACUUGAGAAUGACAUAGAUGUACAAUUUUAUACACUGCAUUUAUAUUUAUUAACAGCAAUGAAUUAUCUGUAUUAAUUUUUUAAUAUAUUUUGAAAUAUUUACGUUUAGUUGCCAACACAUUUUUGUGGUUCAGCUUCUUGUAAGUGAUUCGUUGUGAUUUUUUUGUAUCUAAGUAUUAUUACCGAUUCUGACGUAGACCUAUAAAAAAUAAUUUUAUACGGCUAGUAUAGCGAGAUAACAAAAUUAUUCGAUGUUAUUUUUUAUUCACGCCAUGAUUCUCGAUGUAGAAAGGGCGUUAAAAAUAACCAUAUCAUAGUUAUUUUAGAACAGCAACUCUUCUAUGUUUAUUUAUUUCAAGAUUUCGUUCAUUCUUUGCGUUUUAAGGUAAGAUUCAGAGUCAAGACUUAUCCCCAAAAUCGUUUCGUCAAAUACGUAUUAGAUUUAUUAUAAUACGAGAGUCAUAUGCGCUAAGGAUAUUUUACCUUAUUUAAUAAAAUCAGUAAAAGAUAACAAUAGUCUGCAAGAAAAGAAAAUUGUCGUGGCGAUGCGAACAGCGUGUGGACAGUAUAAUUCUUAUUUGCUACGCGUCAUUUCAUUUAUUCGCAAAAGUUAGUCUUAGUUUUUUAUUAUAUCUAGUGUUGUAAACGUAACAAAAAAGGUAAUUUAGCACUACAGCGACCUCAAAUCACCGACGGUUCGCUUUUCGCACAGACCAAUAGUUUUUUAUAUUAAAUCUUGUAAUCUGCGACUAUUUUAACAUUCGCAUAUUCCUGUAGAUGGCACUGUGUGUUUAUUUAUUAAAUUUAGCUUAAAAACACCAUCUGCAUUUUAACAGUGUAAUCAGUUGUAGCGAACAGACGACGACUAAUAAUACUUUAUUACUCCUUAUUCUUGAGAACUUUUAACAGUUUUUAUAAAAGUAUUAAUUUUCUCCAUCAAAUUAUGUUUACGACGUGACAAACAAAUACAAUUUAAUACCUAAAACUAACUGUAUAAUUAAAAUGAAUUAUUUUUGUUAAUAAUCCUGAAUGUCUACUAAUUUUAUCUAGUCUUAUUCAUAUUCGUGUCUGAAAGAAAUUGUUCGCAGCAGAAAGACCGUUUACGUUAUAUUAAUAUAUGUGAUGUCCAUUA